AUGACGGCUUUCAAAAGACGAGUAAGGAUGUGGAGGCAGAGGCUCUCGAAACCAAACGAGACUAGAAAGAACAUAGGAAUUAGCACCAUUCCUAUGAGUUACCUUAGCCCUGGGCCAUGCUAUUCAAUGAUAUUGGAAAAAUGGCAGCGUAACGUAACAACUAGAAAGCUGGUCUGGUCGCCUUUUGAAGCGUUCGCCGAAUGGAUCGGGAAGGGGGGUACGGGUUCAUUUCCUGCAGGGAGGGAGGUGAAGGCCAUAAGAGAAGAUUGCCCUCCCAGGUAAGGAAGAGAGGGCUGUCAUCUAUCUCGACCAGUUUCCCGAGGGCGUUGGAAAUCCGGCUCGGAGAAUCACUGGCGCUGUGGCCUUCGCUUCGCCAACAAAGAAGUCAUCCUUGACGAUUUCCUAUUCCUUCCUCACGAGCCGCCUCUUUUCGCCAUUCAAGGACCUCCUUCCCUUUUGCCCACUCUCUGUUCACACGGUUCUCAAAGCAAAGGAGGAAGGGUGGGCAGAAGGUACCACGAGCCCUCUGUCCCACACAUCUAUCCAGAAGCAAGUGUAGUUCACCGGUUCCACCGAAUGCUCCUAUCUCUCGACAAAGAUCGUGUGAGUGUGCAGUUAUGCUUCGAUAGAAUAGAUCGACCCAGUUCCCUCUUUCCGGUGCACUCGCUUUAUAUCUCCGACACACAAGGAAGGACGCAGUGGGAAGGAAGCAGCCCUAGCCUCUGUCCGGUCGAUCAUUCCGCUGGCAUCUUGCAUUCACGCCUCCAUUUGACUACCGCUCGGGGAUGUAGUUGUAGAUACGUUAGUCUUAGUGGAUCGUUGGCUCCACCUGUUAUCUCCUUCUACGACAUGCUGUUGUCGUUGCCAUAUUCCAUAUGUCACUUAGUCAUCUCUGCCUCGCUGCGGGUCAGCACCUCUGAAAGAAACGGAGGACUUCAUUCAUUGACUCUGCGAUCGCCCUCUAAACGAUCAGAAUAAGGUAAAGCUUGAAGAUAAGUUUUAUACUCUAUUAAUUUCUCAGUCCCUCUAGUCGGGUGGGCGUCGACCGGUCUUUCGACCAAAUCUCCCUAAAAAUCGUACAUGCGGGUCUCCCCGUAUGCGGCUCACGCCAUUCGAGGUGGUCCAGCCUAGCAUUCAUUCGCAAAUCCUGUAGUGAAAUUGAGACUGCUCGACCACGGAAGCUAAUUCGCGUGUAGGCAGC